UUUUACAGUUGGAACGUAUCUAGUGCUGAUUGAGUAGAGUUUGGUUUGAGAUCCACACGUACGUGUAGGAUCAUUUGGCAGCAAAUUUCUUGGGAAUAAUCCCUAAAUCAGAUUUUCAGAUUACUGUAGAUAUUAGGUUGGCAUGUCUCCACAAAGUUAUCUGCCAAAAUAGUGUGAUUAUUGUGGUCAAGUUGUGGCAAUAGGAUCACCUUGAAAUGACAUUGGAGAUAGAUAUACAACUGACAGAGCUGUUGGAUAUACAUGCACCAUGAGGGACCAUACAUACAUUUGACAUAACCAAAGCUGAGCUUACUGUUGUAUGAAUGUAUUCUACUACCAAGACCUGACUGUUCAAUGUUAUUAAAAUGUCAAGACCGCGAAAACUCUACUGGCCAGCUCCAGAAGGUUUGCCUGUUCAGAAUCGGCAGUAUUGGGAUCGCCAUGAGUACAGACCUGAAUCAUAUGCUGGCAGACCAACCUCAGAUCGUUAUGGAGGGGAGGAAAAUGAAUCUCCAAGACGCAUUUUUAAGCAUGUGGCUGACAAACCCAAUCACAUUGACCCGUGGAUGUCCAAAAGAGGUCCACAGGGCUACUCAACUGCAGACUGGGAUAAUUUCAAUUCACAAGUUCAUCCCUCCAGGCAAGAAGGGCAUGAUUUAAGUCCAUACAAGGUUAUACCUCCUAUUCAGGAAAAUACUGGUGUAUCACAAGCUCAUCAAAAUAAUGACUUUUUUGAACAUCGAACUGUCCAAGAUCAGAGAUCACCCUAUGAGAACCGUCAAAUUCACCACAACGUGAGCAGACGUCCAGAAACGCCAGAGGAAACAUCUAUGAAUGUACAACAGGUUACAUCUCAGAGCUAUCCUCCCCUGAGUGAUAAAGAGAGUCUUCUGAGACUGUUACCGCCAAAUGUGUACCUUCCCCGGGAACCGCUUCAUUUUUCUAAAGAGGAUGAACUUCGUCUCUUGACCCUGCUAAAUGAUGAGUUAAGAGAAUUAGAGGCCCAGAGACUAAAGGAUAUUUACCUAGACUUAACAUCAUAUGACAAACAGUUGCGAGGCUGGUGUUACAUGCAGGACCUAAGCUAUGUACUAGGACGUCACAGGAUAUUUUUGUCUCCUGACAUUUUAAGACUGGUAGCCUGUCAGUAUGUCAGUGAUCGUGAGGAUGGGAAAAUCAAUUACGAGAAAGUUCUGUCCUUUUUCGGAACAGCACUGCGAACAUCCCAGGGUCCAUCACAGACUUCACAAACACAGUCUGUACCUCAACCAGAACGGUUUGACAAUCAUUACACAUAUGCAGACAGUCCGCGCAGUGAGGCACUUCCUCCCACCCCACGCUCCACAAGACCACUUUACUACGUAUCUAAAGAGUCAAAGCCGAUUACCCCAGUCAGUGACAGUGAGACUUCAAAGUUGAUGAGACUAAUAGAACAGCAGCUUUUGGACAGUGGAAGAGAGGUGGACUUUGAUAAACUCACGCUGGAUUUCAGGAAAAUGGAUCCAAACCAUAGAGGAACCAUGUCAGCUGCACAGGUGAAGCAGAUCAUUUACAGCUCCACUCACCAGAUUCCUCUCCAAGAGUCCUUAGUCAACCAGAUUCUGGCCAAGUGUGACCAUCAUGGAGAUGGACAAUACCAUUGGAUGCAAUUUAUUGAAUUCUUGGAAAAAGUUCAGCCUAGGCAGACUGGGCUUACUAUUCCGAAAAGCAAACGUCCCCUGGAGUAUGCAAAGGAUUACGGCAACCCAUCAUCCAACUGGCCUCAUGCUGAAGUGCCAAAACCUUCCAAUUAUGAACAAAGUAGUAAGCAAGAGAUUCCGGAUGUCACCCGUAAGACUCCAUUGCCUACUUAUGCACGUGACUAUAAUGGAAACACUGGAAAUCCUUAUGAACAAGAUGGCCGAAUAAGUCAGCUGGAUGUGGAGAAGAAGGAAAGAGAACUAAGAGAGAUAGAGAAAGAAUAUGAGAGAAUGAAGCGCCAAAUGUUAGAAGAAAAGGAUGAAUCAGAGCCUUGGUUUCAGAGAUUCCUUAAAAUGGCUGCCAGUAUUUACUCUCAGGAUGUAGACAGCAGUGGCUACCUUCCUUAUGAUGAAGUGAAGAAGAUGAUUCGACUAUACAAUGAUGCGUACAACCUCAGGAUUACAGAACAGGAUGUGGACAGAGCCAUCAUGGACAACUAUAUUAAGGGAAAAGUGGCUAUUCAUGAUAUGUUAACAGAGUUGGGAGCCAGUAAGACAUGAUUAAUGAGUAUGGUUGUCACACAUUGACACCCCUUAACCACAUAGAAUUCAAAUUUGAAUGAUGGGAUUUUAGAAUCACUGUAGCGUAAGGUAAUAAGUAGUGCAUUUAAUAGGUAUAUGUAUAUGUUGUCAUGGCAAAGAAGGGUAAGAUUUGCAACAAGUUGGCAAGUAUUUACGUUGUUUAAUAGAACCCCGCCUCCCCUCCAUUUCUUACGAUAAUGACCAUGCAUUUAUGAAGGGACACAUUGACGUAAAUAUGUGUCGUGAAUAAAUCUAAACAUACCGCCAUACUGUCAUAUUUUUGCAGGUCAGAUAUUUUUGUGAUGGAAAAUUGCAGCAAUUUAUCACCAUUUUUAAUACAGCAAAUUUAGGCUACGUAAAGAAAUAUUUUGUAUGUACUCAAAUAAUGGAAUUCAAUGUGGUAGUUAAGUUUAAUGAGUGUUUAUAUCAUUUAGAAAAUAAUCUGCAGUUUUAUUUGUACUCAAACACACUUCCAAUUUUAUUACGGGAAAAUACAGUGUGAAUAUUAAGAAUUUUAGUUAUUUGUUCUGUGAUAGCUUUUUCUGUGAUAAAUACAUUUGAACGUAGCCCUUCCUAUUAUAGGUGUGAGAAGUAUUGUGCUUUCAUUUUGAAUUCCAUGAACAAAGUUACUUUUGUGUAAUAUUUUCUUUUUUUAUUAAAGUGACUAUUACAUAUAAGUUAUAAUUUGACAUCAGUAAUUUAUUCAACCACCUGAGAAUGUACAAACUUUGAUCAAAAGUUGGUUGGUGUCAAAUUUUAUUGGUUUUUUUAUUAAAGAGUUCUUUAAAGAUAAAAAAAUGCUUGUAUAUUUUAUUACCACAAUAAUUAAGUAUGUUUCUCUCCAGCUAUCUUCAGGGUGAUUUAUUCUUUUUGUGGUUUAAUAUGUCUGUCAUCCACUACUCUGAAUUUCUUUUCACUAUAUCUUCAUAAUUCAUGGGUAGCUUACCAAAUUUGUCUUGAAACUUUGACUUGAAUCAUAAUAAUGAAUCGACAUUUAGGUUUCUUCAUCUGCUUCUUUGUUACUGUUAUGCUACUGUAACAGAGAAUAAGCUUGUGCAUACAUUAUAUCCAGCGCUGCUGGGCGGAAUUUGAUCAAAUUUAGGUUGGAACUUAAAAACAAGGGCUUUUCUAGCUAGCCAACUGUUGAGGUUUGCCUGUGAGCUCUUUAGUCAUUUUGGUCUGUUGCAUUUUAUCCUGCAAUAACCUUGUCCAUGCACUAUCUUAAGAACUGUUCGGCUGAAUUGAAGCAAAUUUAGUAUGAAGCUUAAUUACUAGAGUCAUAUACAAACUGGUUAACUUGUGAAGUAUUGUUGGCCAGUGUAGCAGUAAGUAACCUGGUCUGUUUGAUAUCUCCAGCAGUGCUUGGCUUAGUGAUAUCAACUUUGGUUCGAGGUAUAUAUUUUUAAAGUUUUUUUUAUUAACAAAUUGAAUGGAAUAGAAAAAUUACAGGUCCUCUAUGCAGAGCUCUCUAACCUUGGCAACAAUGUGCAAAUGGCCAAAGUACUGAGUCAGACAGCCAGGACAAAGCUGGGAAGCUGAGCCUUAAAUAUCGAACUUCUUUUGUAUGCAUUUAUUAUGUUGACAAAAAAAAAAUUUUAAAAAGAAAGGAAAAGGUGAUGAGACAAAUGUUGCCACUGCCUCUAAAUCAAUGUUACUUUAUCAUUUGACAUUUAAUUGCACUGCACUGAAAGCUUCUCUUAGAGUUAAGUCACUUAGUGAUGUGAUUCACAGGAUUGUAUUUUUCCCAUUGCUUUUCAUUUGUUAAUUGUUAUAUUGUUACAUAUAUGCAUGCUCUAUUUUUAUGACAAUGAGUUAGGUGGAAAAAUAUACUUAAUAACAUUGAGCAGAAAUUUCUGGCUCAGUUUGAGACAGCAAAUGUCUCUGUCAUAAAACUUUAGUUCUGAAAUUAAGUUGUAGCAACUUAAUUCAAAUCAUUUAACAGUGUUUUGUGUCGGUCUCAUUUGUACAUUGUUGUGGUUGACAAAGGCUGUUCAUUUUGUGUAAACCUUUUCGAGGGGCACUGCCCUCCUUAUUGGCAAAUGCCAUUUGUUAUACCGGAAUUCACGGUAUUACCACUUCUACAACAAUCACAAUAAUCUUUCUUUUGUUUUGUUGCAAUAUUUACAUGCAUGCAACUUGCCUAGGUAGUCCCAGUACUUGAUUGCUUUAUAUGCACAAACAAGCACUUCACUGCAUGCUGUAAUGCAAAAAUUUAACCUUGUUGUUUAGAAAGUUAAUAACUUUUAUGCCUGUGAUAUAUACAAAUUUAUGCCUUCCCUAUUUACCAGUAUUUAAAGUUAAUUGCAUUCCAUGCAGAGGGUUUAUCCUAUCAUUAGUAUUAAGAUUUGGUUAUCUGAUGAUUAUGCAGUCUGCCAUUUUUCUCUGGAAUGUUACUCCCACUAUAGCAUGAGUUGGCUAUUUCAGAAGUAUUCAAGCCUCUUCUUUGAAGUUGAAAUAUACUACAUAA